GGGUCUAAUCGAUAAACAAGUGAAGGAAUGCUGGAAGAAAUUUUUUCUACAUAGAUAUCAUAGUUAUAAAAAAAUACAUAGUUUUGUAAAUAAAUAGUUAAAUAUAUUAAAAAUAUAAAGGCGAGGUAUCUGUUUAAAGUUAAAUACAAAAAAAUGGCAUGCUGUUCGGUACCGCGGACGCAUUAUCUGUUAAUUUGUUUCUUUCUAUUGUAUCCAAACGGUGCCAAUUUUGUACCAGGAGAAAAAAUCAAUUACAAUCUUGUACAUUCCUGGGCUGAUAAAUUAGGCAUGGAGCUGUUCCAUUUGGGUGACUUCAUUACCAGGCGAAAGGAAGUUCAAGAGAGUUUCAAAGAAGCACAAGUGGUGUCGCGUUCUGGAGCCAAAAUUGUUGAAAACAUGGCGCACGAUGUCAAAAUGAUGAUGGAUUUAAAAAUAAGCGCAGUACGGCGUAUUAUGGAUACGGCGGAGAAUACCGCGCUCUCACAUCAAAACGAAAAGGAGGAUCAGUUUUUUUCCUAUUACAAUGCCAAAGAUAUGAGAGAACCCGAUGAUCCUAUACCAACACCAGCACCUCGGGAGCUGGAUGAUAUGGGCGAACCACAUAUUUUUGUACCGCCCAAAGAGAUUGUUCUAACACCGAAAGCUGAAUUUUUUAAUACGCCAGUCAAUCUGAGCGUCAGUUCAGUGCACGUGCCCUUGAAUGUUUUCGAUCGAGCCAAGGAUGUCAUCAAAUCCAUUCAGUGGUCGGAGAAUUUAGAUCAAAUAUUUCGUGAUAAUUACAAAAACGAUCCAACAUUGUCGUGGCAAUUCUAUGGCAGCUCGACCGGUUUCAUGCGCCAAUUCCCGGCGGCCAAGUGGAAAGCCAAACCAGUCGACUUGUAUGAUUGCCGACUGCGUUCAUGGUAUAUGGAGGCAGCGACAAGUCCCAAGGACAUCAUCAUACUAUUGGACAGUUCUGGCUCUAUGAAGGGACAGAGGCUAGAUAUCGCAAAGAAGGUUGUAAAUACAAUACUUGAUACGUUGGGUACCAAUGACUUUGUGAACAUCUUCACCUUUGGAAAAACAGUAGAGCCGGCCGUCAAAUGUUUUGAGGAUACACUAGUUCAAGCGAAUCUUGGCAAUAUUCGGGAGCUCAUGGAAGGUGUUGACUCAGUAAAAAUUGCCAACAUUGCCAACUUCACUGCUGCAUUGACGAAAGCUUUUGAAGUUUUGGAACAAUUUCGUACGGAAAAUCGCGGCGCGCAAUGCAAUCAAGCCAUUAUGAUUGUUAGUGAUGGCGCUCCAUUUACCUAUGAGGAUGUAUUCGAACAAUUCAAUUGGCGUGAUCUACCAUUUAAACCCGUACGUGUUUUUACCUAUCUAAUUGGCAAGGAAGUAGCCGAUGUUAAGGAUAUCAAAUGGAUGGCUUGUGCCAAUCAAGGCUAUUAUGUCCAUUUGAGUGAUAUGGCCGAAGUCCGUGAAAUGGUACUCAAUUACAUACCGGUAAUGGCGAGACCUCUGGUUCUAGGUAAACAUGAUCACCCUGUUGUGUGGACGCAGGUGUAUGCUGAUGUUAUUGACCCAAAACUAUCCGAUUGGCUGUGGGAAAUGAAGCAAUGCGAUGAUCAACGCGAAGAUGUUUUGGAAUUUCGGCGAGAGGGUUAUCGCAUGCUGGAACCUAACGAAGUACAUAGACGGAUCUAUCAUCGCAAUAAAGCGGCCUGGAAUCAACCACUCGAAUCGGACGUAUAUCAGUUUAUGACUACUGUCUCUAUGCCUGUUUAUGAUCGACGUAUGAAUGCGAAUAUCACCGAAGAGGUUUUAAUAAAUGAGGCGCUUUGGGAAUUACAAACUCGUGAGACCAAAAUUGCGAAUUUAUUGGGUGUUGCUGGCACGGAUGUACCUAUUAGAGAUAUUAAAAGAAUGCUGUCGCCAUUUUUGCUUGGUGUCAACGGCUAUGCAUUUAUUGUAACGAAUAACGGUUACAUAUUGUUCCAUCCAGAUUUUCGUCCAAUUUUCCAAGGCAAUAUCUUAAAGCCCGCUUACAACAGCGUGGAUAUGAUUGAAGUCGAAUUAUUAGACGAUGAUCGAGCACCAAGAGAUUUCAAUCCAGUACUACUAACGAUACGAGACUCGAUAAUAAAUCAAUCAACAGGUAGUAAAUGGAUGCUAGUAAAAAAUCAUUUCGACGAAAUGAAACGUGUCGCUCGUAUUAAACGGCAAUAUUAUUGGAGAGCGAUACCAAAUACACCAUUUACGCUUGUUAUCACAUAUCCUGAGCAGUAUGGUGUACAUCGUCUGUCCAUACGCGCCGAAAAUGAGAUACACCGCAUGAAUAUUAAAGGUGAUAACUUGUUAAACUACUUUGGUGGCAAACGUUGGAGGAUUCAUCCAACUUGGUUGUAUUGCAAGCACAACAAUAAAACAUUUGCAGCACCGGAAGAGGAGUUAGUCUGGUUUUUGAAUAAAAUGUCACAACCUGGUUGGAGGUGGCCACUAAGUAGAAGCGCAGUGCCGCCCGAACAUGCAGCGCUGUUGUUUUGUGAUCGUCAACUUAUGCAGUCACUUGUCUUCGAUGCGAGAGUUACCGAAUGGUUUUCGAAGAAUACAAGCUUUAAUUCAAAGGACGAUAAGGGCACAAGUGCUUCAAGCCCAAUCGCCGUUCUAAUGGGUUUGUUGCCAAGAAAUGAAUUCAAACAACGAUUUGGCAUUACUGUGGCAUUCUUGGCAACACAUAGUGGUCUUACAAGAUGGCAGGAGUUUCAUUCAAAUAUGGCUGAAGAAGCUGGCGCUGGCGAGGCAUUCAGCGAACAAAAUAAACGAGCUAUAGACGAGAUGUGGUACAAACGUGCGGUGGAUCAGCAUUUUGUGCAUGAAGACAGCUUCGUUUAUUCGGUGCCAUUUGAUGCGGGAGAUUUUGGAGAAGAAAUCACUGUAACUGCCAGCAAUGCUGUUUUCCACACAGAAGGCGGCAAAUCUGCACCAGCUGCCGUUGUAGGAUUUCAGUUCCACCAUUCCGCGCUGGAGAAACUGUUCCGUAAUAUCACUGGCAAUGGAUGUGCUGUUGAGGAACGUGAGUGCUACGUUAUAGAUAAUAAUGGCUUUAUUAUCAUCGCACCAUAUCGUCAAGAGACAGGCAAAUUCUUUGGCGAAAUGAAUGGCGGUAUUAUGUUACGCUUGGUGGAGGAGAAAGUCUUUAAGCGCGUCAUUGUAUAUGACUAUCAAGCGGUGUGCUUUGAAUCCGAUAGUGAUAUUAAUGCAUCGAAUAGCUUAUUAUCGCCUAUCUUUCACCUUUUACGUGCACUCAAAUGGCUGCUCCAUACAGUGUUGUGGUAUAUUGUGCAACUGACUAAUACGGCCAUUGCCGAAUUUAUGGAUCCCUAUAUUGAUGACGACAUGAAUGACUACCCGAGCAAUUCGAAAAGUACGGAUUGGUUACGCAUGGUGACGUUGCAUCGGACACAGCUCAAAUCGUGCGAUAUGCAACGCCACUUAUAUCUCAUGUACAAUGAGAAGGACAAUGUUGUUUACAAUAUGACAGCUCAUGCAUGUGAACGGCCAUUUGUUGUGCUGCCAAUACCGAAUAGUAAUCUGAUUUUAUUGGUAAUCGAUCAACGUUGUCCACGAGAUACAUCGAUACAAAUGACCGUGGAUCCAAUCAAAAUUCAAUAUCCACUGGAUACAAAUCAAACAUUUGCCUGCUAUAAGAAUGAUCGCGAAUUUUCAAGAGUGCGUCCAGUUAGUUGCAUAAAUAAGCAUAUAAAUGAAAGUUCAAUCGAAUUGUGUGGCGAUGCUGGCUGCAUUUUCAUCAACAUAUUUCUGCUCCUGCUCGGACUGGCAUUAUGUCAGUAUCUGUAACACUGGCACUUUUAAAUUUGAAAAUUAUUUUUGUAAAUUAACUUGAUUAGUUACUUAUUUUAACUUUCGCUUUAAGAAGUACAUAUGUAUAAAAUGAAACAAAAAAAUGCUACACAUAACUGAGUAUGUUAGUUAACUGUAGUGUAGCUAUGAAUAUAACAUUGUUGAACACUGAGCUUUAAUAACUAGAAGUUACUAGAAACACUCAAAAAGGGUUACAAACUGCACACAUUAGCAUGAAUACAAGAGGUUAAUCUGAAGUUAAUGCAAACCUCUCGGCGGGCGUCUAUUUAUUUCUCCUGCUUUAAGACUCUCGCUGCACCAUAAAUCCGGUGUCUAGUGAAUUUUAAGUUAAAAUUCCGUACCAAAUUUUUUGGCGUUCACACCAAUAUCCAUAUUUACAUAUAAAACUUAGUUAUAGCUGAAAAGCUACAUACGAAUGUAUCUCGUCUUAAAAUAUUUAUCGAGACGGAGGCAGCUUAGAGCCGACAGCUAAUAAAUACUUUGCGUAAAAGCAUAUUGAUAGUUUGCAGCUUACUUAUGGUGAUUUCGUUUCUUCCAAAAAAUUUUGCCCUUCCCCGGUGCAAAAUGUGUUUGUUGUUACACUCAACCUUGUAAAAAGGCAUGUUUUCGCCUUCUUGUCCUUGUCAAGCUCACGCAUUUCAUAACAUUGUCGUUUUAAACAACCAUCUGAUUUUCAGGCAAUCAUUUCCCCUGACAAAGGUUAACAGGGCAGGGAAUGUGCCUUUUUGCCUUACAAGAAUGUGACAUUUUAAGAAACGAACACACAAUUUUCUCACCAUUUGCAUUUAAUGUGGAAUCGAACACAAAAAGAAAAAGGGGCAAUCAAAAGGCAGAAUAUUUCAGUAGAAACCAAAUCGCCAUUAGUUUCCAUCAUUGUGAUGCCACCAAGGCUUAGACUUUUUUUUGUUGAGAAAUCAGUACAUCACGUUUUUUCAAUUGAU